AUGAAUAUUCAACAGUCAACAAAUGUUUCCCCUAUUAAUCUCGAAAAAGAUAUUCUUUCGGAAUACGAGAAACUAGGCUCUCACAUUGACAAGAUUAACGUAACAAUUACUCAAAUGAAUACAAGUGAUAUCGUAAUCCUUGUUGACAAACUUCGUACUUUGGAGAAAAAGAUUGGGCUUGUAUAUACUUUGUUUAAAGCCUCAGUAUAUUCUUUGAUUACUGCCUCCGAUCAAGAGAAUGUGAAUAAUAUCGAAGAAAGUACAAAUAGACCACCAAUAUUUUAG